AUGACAAAUAAUGAUAAAAUAGAUAAUCUAAAUUGCACAUUGAACGAUAUUCAAGAAGGUGAUGGAAAUGAACGGAAACGAUUCAUUAUUGAAGACUAUCUUGAAAUGUGUGAUCCAAUAUCCAAAGAUAUUGGUGAUUCCUUGAUUAUUAUAUCAAUCGAAAACCAAAUUGAAAUGGUCUUUGUAUCCAUCAAUUCUGGUAGGUAUGGUCAUUGCAGGCAAAACUGGAAAAUACUAAAAAAUAUUCAAGUCUAUGAAAUGAUUGAAUUAAUUGACACUGAAGAUGACUUGGAACUUGUUAUUCAAAAUGAAUCAAAGACACAUUUUGAGAAAAUUCGUUUAACUGAUCAUGAUACCGUUAAUCAAUAA